UUCUCAACCCGAUCCGGUAAAGACCAUUAUUGACUAUUCCAUCAUUUUUAGAAAAUUUCCAACUGAAAAAAAGAAGAAUUUUAGUACAGAGCUCCGAUUAAUCGGAGGGAUCUGAGCUCGGCGGAGCGGUGGGGGAAGAUGAUGGCGGAGGAUCUAGGUGUGGAGGCGAAGGAGGCUGCGGUGCGGGAGGUGGCGAAGUUGCUGUCGCUGCCGGAGCAUUUGCUGUCCAUCGCUUCGAUCAAAGCUGAUUACAUUUCCCGUCAACAGGCAAAUGAUGCUCAACUCAGUACUAUGGUUAUCGAACAGGUUGAGCAGGCACAAGAAGGUCUUGAGUCACUGUCCUUGUCUGAAACAACAAUAAGUCUUCUCAGAGAAAAUUUUGUUGAGAUUGAAAAGUUAUGUCAAGAAUGCCAAACAUUGAUUGACAAUCAUGACCAAAUAAAGCUCCUCAGUAAUGCAAGGAAUAACCUAAACACAACUCUGAAGGAUGUGGAGGGUAUGAUGUCAAUCUCUGUUGAGGCUUCUGAGGCACAUGAUUCUUUAAGUGAUGACAAAGAACUUAUCAAUACCUAUGAGAGGUUAACUGCAUUGGAUGGAAAACGAAGGUUUGCAUUAGCUGCUGCAUCAUCUCAUGAAGAAGAGAUUGGUCGGCUGAGGGAAUACUUUGAAGAUAUAGAUCGUACAUGGGAGACAUUUGAGAAGACUUUGUGGGGUCAUAUUUGCAACUUCUUUCAACUUGCUAAAGACAGCCCACAAACACUUGUUCGUGCACUGAGGGUUGUCGAAAUGCAAGAAACCCUGGAUCAACAACUAGCUACAGAAGCAGCUGAGGCAGAAGGAGAUGGUGCCUUGGAAUCGAUAGCUAAUCCUCGCAGAAUUGCCAAGAAUCUUGCGCAGAAGAAGUUGAAAAUUCAAGGCAAAGGCUACAAGGAUAAAUGUUAUGAGGAAAUAAGAAAGUCUGUUGAAUCGCGUUUUAGCCGAUUGCUCUCUGAGUUUGAAAUUCAGGACCUAAAAGGAGCUUUGGAGGAGGCUAAAAAGAUUGGUGAAGAGCUUGGAGAUAUAUAUGACUAUGUUGCUCCAUGCUUUCCCCCAAGAUAUGAAAUAUUCCAGCUAAUGGUGAACCUAUACACAGAGCGGUUUAUUCACUGGCUACGACUACUGAGUGAUAGAGCUAAUGAUCUGUCAACUAUGGAUAUUUUAAAGGUAACUGGAUGGGUAGUUGAGUACCAAGACAAUCUAAUUGGACUUGGUGUUGACGAUUCUCUUGCUCAAGUUUGUUCUGAAAGUGGUGCAAUGGAUCCCCUUAUGAAUGCUUAUGUUGAACGAAUGCAAGCCACAACAAGGAAAUGGUACUUGAAUAUACUUGAUGCUGAUAAGGUCCAGCCACCAAAGAAAACAGACGAUGGGAAGCUUUACACCCCAGCUGCUGUUGAUUUCUUUCGCAUUCUUGGAGAGCAAGUACAAAUUGUACGAGAUAAUAGCACGGAUGUCAUGUUAUAUAGAAUUGCUUUGGCCAUCAUUCAGGUUAUGAUUGAUUUUCAAGGAGCUGAAAGGCAAAGAUUGGAAGAACCUGCUUCUGAAAUUGGUUUAGAAGCUUUAUGCGCAAUGAUUAAUAACAACCUUCGCUGCUACGAUCUUGCCAUGGAUCUGAGCUCAAGCACCCUUGAAGCUCUUCCUCAAAAUUAUGCAGAGCAGGUUAAUUUUGAGGACACUUGCAAAGGCUUCCUGGAGGUCGCAAAAGAAGCUGUACAUGAAACUGUCAGUGUCAUUUUUGAAGAUCCAGGAGUUCAGGAGUUGCUUAUAAAGCUGUAUCAGAAAGAUUGGCUGGAAGGACAGGUAACCGAGUACCUAGUUGCAACAUUUGGCGAUUACUUUACAGAUGUCAAAAUGUACAUUGAAGAAAGAUCAUUUAGGCGAUUUGUUGAGGCCUGUGUGGAGGAAACUAUUGUUGUCUACGUCGACCAUAUGCUUGUACAGAAAAAUUACAUUAAAGAAGAAACAAUUGAAAGGAUGAAACUAGAUGAAGAAGUUCUUAUGGACUUUUUCCGGGAGUAUAUUAGCAUUUCCAAAGUUGAAAAUAGAGUAAGGGUACUGGUUGACUUGAGAGAACUUGCUUCAGCAGAGAGCCCAGAUUCUUUCACACUCGUGUACACAAAUAUUCUUGAACAUCAACCUGACUGUCCUCCAGAAGUGGUUGACAAGUUGGUGAGCUUACGAGAAGGCAUACCAAGGAAAGAUGCGAAAGAGGUUGUUCAGGAGUGCAGGGAAAUCUACGAGAACUCUCUUGUUGAUGGCAAUCCUCCAAAGGCAGGUUUUGUCUUCCCUAAGCUGAAGGCCCUGUCAGCUUCAAGAGGUCGGCUAUGGCGAAAGCUCACCUAGUUCAGUUGUCAGUUUUUCUCUGUCACGAGAAGCAAUUCUUACCUUCUUUCAACCUUACCUGUUUGUAUUAUAUAUAUUGUAUAUUUUUUUUAGCAAUGCAUGUAGUAACAGAUAUGGGAUUUGAUGGAAUGAUUCGUCAAUUUCUUUAUACGACAAAUGCCUUUUGAAAAUUUGUGAUGUAUUUGGCCAUGUACCGUAUUUUGCAAGAGGGAAUCUAUGGAAGAACGUAAAUAAACUUUUUCUGUAA